GGAGGAGAGGAAGAUGGCGGCGGCCGCCAGCACCCGCGGGGCCGCGGGGCCGCUCCGAGGAGCCUGAAAGACCCACGGAGGCUUCGUGGCGAGACGCGGCGGCGGAGGAUGAGCCUGCAGAGCGCGCAGUAUCUCCGAGUGUCUUAAACCAUUCUACCUUGUGAAAAAUUGGAUGCUCUUACAGAUAGUCAUUGUGGGAGAAAACGUUUCAUUUAAGUCCCAGAUGAGGACCGAAAACUUGAAAUCAGAGGAGCAUCUGAAAUCAAGUAAUAUUAGGCAGGCAGAAGUCCUGAAGGCUGAAAUGACAGAUUCUAAGCUGGGUCCAGCUGAGGUCUGGACAUCCAGGCAAGCUCUGCAGGACUUGUACCAGAAAAUGCUGGUUACUGAUCUGGAGUAUGCUUUAGACAAGAAGGUAGAGCAGGACCUCUGGAAUCAUGCCUUUAAGAAUCAGAUCACAACACUACAAGGCCAAGCCAAGAAUCGAGCAAACCCAAAUCGGAGUGAAGUCCAGGCAAACCUUUCUCUGUUCCUAGAGGCAGCUAGCGGCUUCUAUACUCAGUUAUUACAGGAACUGUGUACGGUGUUUAAUGUAGAUUUGCCAUGCCGUGUGAAGUCUUCCCAGUUGGGAAUUAUUAGCAAUAAACAGACGCACACCAGCGCCAUAGUGAAGCCACAGUCUAGCUCCUGUUCCUACAUUUGCCAGCACUGCCUCGUCCACCUUGGAGACAUUGCUCGAUACAGAAACCAGACUAGCCAGGCAGAGUCCUACUAUAGGCAUGCAGCUCAGCUUGUCCCCUCCAAUGGUCAGCCUUACAAUCAGUUGGCUAUCUUAGCUUCUUCCAAAGGAGACCACCUGACCACAAUUUUCUACUACUGCAGAAGCAUUGCUGUGAAAUUCCCUUUCCCAGCUGCCUCCACUAACCUACAAAAAGCACUUUCUAAAGCACUGGAAAGCCGGGAUGAGUUGAAAACCAAGUGGGGUGUUUCUGACUUCAUCAAGGCCUUUAUUAAAUUCCACGGUCAUGUAUACCUGAGUAAGAGUUUGGAAAAGCUGAGCCCUCUUCGAGAGAAGUUAGAAGAACAGUUUAAGAGACUGCUGUUCCAAAAAGCUUUCAACUCUCAGCAGUUAGUUCAUGUCACUGUCAUUAACCUGUUUCAACUUCAUCAUCUUCGUGACUUUAGCAAUGAAACAGAGCAGCACAGUUACAGCCAAGAUGAACAGCUGUGUUGGACACAGUUGCUGGCCCUCUUCAUGUCUUUUCUUGGCAUCCUGUGCAAAUGUCCUCUCCAGAAUGAUUCUCAGGAGUCCUACAAUGCCUAUCCCCUUCCUGCAGUCAAGGUCUCCAUGGACUGGCUAAGACUCCGACCUAGAGUCUUUCAAGAAGCUGUAGUGGAUGAAAGACAGUACAUCUGGCCCUGGCUAAUUUCUCUUCUCAAUAGUUUUCAUCCCCGUGAAGAUGAUCUCUCAAGUACUAAUGCCACACCACUUCCAGAGGAGUUUGAACUACAAGGGUUCCUGGCUUUGAGACCUUCUUUCAGGAACUUGGAUUUUUCCAAAGGCCAUCAGGGUAUUACAGGAGACAAAGAGGGUCAACAACGGCGAAUACGGCAGCAGCGUUUGAUCUCCAUAGGGAAGUGGAUUGCUGACAACCAGCCACGGCUGAUUCAGUGUGAAAAUGAGGUAGGGAAAUUGUUAUUUAUCACAGAAAUCCCAGAAUUAAUACUAGAAGACCCCAGUGAAGCCAAAGAGAACCUCAUCCUACAAGAAACAUCUGCGAUAGAGUCACACGCUUCGGACGGGAGCCCAGGACUGAAGUCAGUGCUGUCUACAGGCCGAAGUCCAAGCACCAGCUGUGACUCAGGAGAGAAGCCAGUGGUCACCUUCAAAGAGAACAUUAAGCCACGAGAAGUGAACAGAGACCAAGGAAGAAGCUUUCCUCCCAAAGAGGUGAGAAGGGACUGUAGCAAAGGAGUAACUGUAACUCAGGAUGACGGACAGAAGGACAGCAGCAAGAGGAGAGCUGAGACCAAGAGAUGCACCUUAGGAAAGUUGCAGGAAACAGGAAAGCAGAGUGUGGCAGUGCAGGUAAAAUCCCAGACAGAACUAAGAAAGACCCCAGUGUCCGAAGCCAGGAAAACUCCUGUCACUCAAACUCCAAGUCAAACAAAUAAUUCUCAGUUCAUCCCCAUCCAUCACCCUGGAGCCUUCCCUCCUCUUCCCAGCCGACCGGGGUUCCCGCCCCCAACAUAUGUUAUCCCCCCUCCUGUGGCAUUUUCUAUGGGCUCAGGAUACACCUUCCCAGCUGGUGUUUCUGUCCCAGGAACCUUUCUUCAGUCUACAGCUCACUCUCCAGCAGGAAACCAGGUGCAAGCUGGGAAACAGUCCCACAUUCCUUACAGCCAGCAACGGCCCUCCGGACCAGGGCCAAUGAACCAGGGACCUCAACAAUCACAGCCACCUUCCCAGCCACCCCUUACAUCUUUACCAGCUCAGCCAACAGCACAGUCUACAAGCCAGUUGCAGGUUCAAGCUCUAGCUCAGCAACAGCAGUCCCCUACAAAAGUCAUACCAGCCUUGGGGAAAAGCCCGCCUCACCACUCUGGAUUCCAGCAGUAUCAACAGGCAGAUGCCUCCAAACAGCUGUGGAAUCCCCCUCAGGUUCAAAGCCCACUAGGGAAAAUUAUGCCUGUGAAACAGCCCUACUACCUUCAGACCCAAGACCCUAUAAAACUGUUUGAGCCGUCAUUGCAGCCUCCUGUAAUACAGCAACAGCCUCUAGAGAAAAAAAUGAAGCCUUUCCCCAUGGAGCCAUAUAACCAUAAUCCCUCAGAAGUCAAGGUCCCAGAGUUCUACUGGGAUUCUUCCUACAGCAUGGCUGAUAACAGAGCAGUAAUGGCUCAGCAACCAAAUAUGGACCGCAGGAGCAAACGGUCACCCGGAGUCUUCCGUCCAGAGCAGGAUCCUGUGCCCAGGAUGCCGUUUGAGGACCCCAAGAGCUCCCCUCUGCUUCCUCCGGACCUGUUAAAGAGUCUGGCUGCCUUGGAGGAAGAGGAAGAGCUGAUCUUUUCUAACCCUCCUGAUCUUUACCCAGCUCUGCUGGGUCCUCUCGCCUCUCUUCCUGGACGAAGCCUCUUUAAAUCCUUACUGGAGAAGCCUUCCGAGCUCAUGUCACAUUCAUCUUCUUUCCUGUCCCUCACUGGGUUCUCUGUCAAUCAGGAAAGAUAUCCAAACAGCAGUGUGUUCAAUGAAGUGUAUGGGAAGAACCUGACAGCCAGCUCCAAGGCAGAGCUGAGCCCCUCGGUUGCCUCCUCCCAGGAAACAUCACUGUACUCCCUCUUCGAAGGGACCCCUUGGUCUCCAUCACUUCCUGCCAGUUCAGAUCAUUCAACACCAGCCAGCCAGUCUCCUCAUUCCUCCAACCCAAGCAGCCUGCCCAGUUCUCCUCCAACACAUAACCAUAAUUCUGCUCCAUUCUCUAAUUUUGGACCCAUUGGGACUCCAGAUAACAGGGAUAGGCGGCCUGCAGAUAGGUGGAAAACUGAUAAACCAGCCAUGGGUGGUUUCGGCGUUGAUUACCUCUCAGCAACGUCAUCAUCUGAGAACAGUUGGCAUCAGGCUAGCACUCCAAGUGGCACCUGGACAGGCCACGGCCCCUCCAUGGAGGAUUCCUCCGCUGUCCUCAUGGAAAGCCUAAAGUCUAUCUGGUCCAGUUCCAUGAUGCAUCCUGGACCCUCCGCUCUCGAGCAGUUGUUAAUGCAGCAGAAGCAGAAACAGCAGCGGGGACAAGGUGCCAUGAACCCUCCACACUGAGGCCACAGUAGCGACCCAGGGAAUGAAGGCUCCAUAAACCAUGGCAUGUUGGGUUUGCAGGACUGGCCCACACAGUCCCUGCAGGUGGCAGCCCUCUUGUCUGUUUCUUGCUGUCGAGAGGGUGUAAGUGUUCCACCAGCCCGCUGAGUGUGCACGAAAUGUUCGCAGUGCAACAAAAGAAAAAACCAUCAGGAACUCUCGUUCCCCCGGGGCUUUCCGGAGGGAGAGAGGAGCUGCUGUUUGUCCCACUCGGUUACUGAUAGCACGCCUCUCACCUUCUCCACCGCGCAUGUCCCCAACACGUGGGAAGUGGAAGCUGAGAAGGGAAGGCAGAUGGGAGAAGCCAAUAGGAACUUCUCAGUCCUUUUUUCCUCUUUGGGGAAUAAAAUAGGAAUCCAUUAUGAGUGCUUUGCUGACUGAGAAUGUAGUUGAAAUUAUUCUUAAACAUCUUUUAUUAUUACUCUCAGUAGCAAAAUAUCACACUGAAUUCUUCCAUACACAGGUGUAUUUCUAGUCAGUGUGGAGCAAAGACAGUCCCGUUUGCUGCUCCUGUGAGAGGUCAGUAGUGACAGGACAGGGAACUGACCUCUUAAGCCAGUGGGAGUGUUCCAUAAGGGAGAGGACAAGGCCUCUUGGAAGGUUCUGGUAGAGGCCUUCCUCCAGCCUGGAAACUCCAGCAGGAAAUGCCCUUCACUCUGUAGGUGCUCGAGCCCCAAUCGAGGAUGCAGUGUGGGUGGUGCUGCUGUGCUAGACCAGCAGAUGGCUGCUGUACGAUUUCAGAUUAAUGUUGUUGAUUCCUACACUUUGCAGUAGCGUAGCAAGCAGUCUCAGAAGGCAGGCUAGUCCAUUCAUGGCCUGGAACCCAUUUUAAUAGGUGGAUGCUUUCAGUGUGGUUCUUUUCGUUGAGUUGGUUUUUGUAUCCCCAUCCUGCUUCCCAGCCUCUUGCACCAGUCUCCACCCCUUUAGCCAUAUGCUGUACCGUAGUCAUUGUUUUUUCCCUACCUUGUACAACAUCUCACCAAGAAACAAACAGCAGCAUGGGGCCAGCACUUGGGGCCCAAAAGCCGGUCUGAAGAGGAAGGAAGCAGAAGUGCGAGCAUCGCUGCAGAGGAGCCGGGCUCUGCCUGGUUACAGGCUCUGCCUAGUUACAGGCUCCUGACCUUCACCUCAAGGAUGAAGUUGAAGGCUAUGGGGACAGAUGCACACUGUGCACAGAAGAAAACACAACAGACGCCACUUUGGAGAGGGCAAGAGAAGGAAUAAACUCUAUUUGAUAUUUAUUAGGAAAGAGGACUGAAGAUGUUCUGUGUAGGAACAGAAGGACGGACAGCAUUUCUGUUAGUCAUUUCCUGGAAAAGUAAUAUUUUAAUGGGAAAUUAUGGAAACAAUCUAAAAUGUCCAAUUGCUGUGCUAGGGUAGGGAUUAUUUUCUGGGAGGUGUGUGUGUGUGUGUGUUCUCGAGUGUGUGUAUGCAUGUGUGUGUCCCCACACAUGGCUGUCUACUCUCCCGGAGGGCGUGGGCUACAUGUGGGAAUUAGUGUGGAGCAUAGCUGAAAGACCGCUGUAGAGCAAGGCACAUCCAGGAGCCCAGGGUGCCCCUGGGUCAGGGCAGCACUGAGACGGGGUGAGGUGUCGCUCACUGCUCUUCAGAAGGAGCACUCAAGGCCCCAGGCUUCUCUAGUGCUCUUUUAGUUUGACGUGGUAUUGGGGUUUUUGUUUUGUUGGGUUUUUUGUUUUGUUUUUUUUGGGGGGGGGGUUGGUUUUUUGUUUUGUUUUGUUUUUGAAAAGUCUGAAAGUGAAACCCUUCACUCAAUGGCAAGAAACCGUCUGUGCUGCUCCAGUCCCUCCCUGUGUCAUCCUUGUCCUCUUCCUGUCCCUUCCCUGCUACACCUUCACCCAGUUUGUGAUGUAGGCUCUGCAUUCAGACGCUGCAGCAUUCCAAUGUUGGAAAUGUCACUGGUCCUUGCACCUUAGACCAGCCCCUCCCAGUAGUGCCCACUUCCCAUCUAUAGCCCCAGUCUGCAUGAGAACUCGGUGUUUGGAAUGUCUAUGACUCAGCAGGGCUCCUCGCCUUGCCAUCCUCACUGUGGGUAAUGACGGAGGGGAGGAGAAUCUUCAUCAACUGGUUUUGUGUAAUAAACUUUGGUGUUUUGUUUUGAUUUGAUUUGAUUUGGGGUUGGUUUUUUUUUUUUUUUCCCUGUCUGUCUGUGCAAGAUCUGCAGCUGCUGAAAUCAGCUUUGCCUUUAAUUAAACCGUGUUCUCUCCAACCAGAUAUGUGUGUGGAGUAUUUAUUCUACCAGAAGGAUACAGAAGUAAAAGUACAACUUUAUAGUGAACUUAGAACUUCAACUGCUCACUCCUCAGGAAAAGGCAAAGAUGGUCACAGCUAGGUAGACUUGGAGAUGAAUUCUGCUUUUCUUAGCAUCCAGUGACUUGUUCUAGAAAUGCUAGUUAAAAGUGGCUGUCAUGGACUUCUGUAAAAGCUAGAACAGUUCCUAUUUGUAGCUCAUCAGGAGGCAAUUCAGAGAUAGUUGAUCUUUGGCCUAUAAAAUUCACUGACUCUGAUUGAAGCCACCAGAGAUGGCUGUUUUAGUUGGGGUGGUUUCUCUUCUGUUUGUCCGAAGUUUCCAAAGGCAACUUGAAUAGUGCUUAGGACCAGGGCUCACACUGGCUUGCUUCUCACCUAGAUUUGAUUCCAUGUAAGAAUCACAUCCCCUCUGCUUUUCACUUGCACCUCUACACACUUGGAGAAGAGCAAAACCAUACAUGUGCUGCAAGGAGGGGCAGGGCAGUAAGGUCCUGAGCUCUAGUGCUUAGGGAUCCUUGUCCCCGGUUAACCUGAAGGAUCACCAAAAUGACAUGGGUCUGGUCAUGUGCGUUAGUCAGUCUUAGAUAACACUUGUAAAGCCCCAGAAUGUCUCUAAAGAGCUGCCUUCGCUCCCUGUGGCUCCAACUGUUAGUGGUCUGUGUUUACUAUUGAACUCUAAUAAAUGUCCAUCUGAGAAGGCCUUGGGGGCUGCCUUUCUAAGAGUUCCAUUCUCCAUUGAACUGGGUGGUGUACUUCAUGGGAACCUGAUUCAGUCUGCCUUGCUUUAAUGAAACUUAAGCUUGUUUUCUAAUGAGUCGUCUGUGUUUGCCCUCAGGAUUACAUGUAAAUUUGCUUUAAGCUUCUGGAACCCAAGCUAUAAUAAAGGAAGAAUGUUUUUUCCACAUAGCUGUUGGGCUUGAACACUUGAAUAGUGGGUAUCCUAUUUUCAUAGCAGAGAGGUAACACCCAUUGGUGUGCAGCCCUGGGAAUCUGAAGUUUUAAUAGAUUCACGUAGCCGACACACACACACACACACACACACACACACAAAUUUUUCCCUUUCAGAAAAUUCGUCUCCCCCUUCAUCUGUAAGGAAGUCUUCUGAGUUGUCAUAUUACCAUGUGGCAGAUUCGGUUUUAAUAGAGAAAUGUUAAUAAGUUAGUCUAGAUUUCCAAUGUGGUUUCUCUAUAUAGCACACAGCAGAGAUGAGUAAGUCUUGCCCAAAAAAAAAAAAAAAAAAAAAAAAAAAA